CAUGGCGUAGGGAUGUGGACGGGGGUCGUGGGCAGGCGUCGUAAAACACGGGGAAGUUCAGAAGCAAGGUACUGGGGAAGUUUUUGCAAAAGAAGGGAUAACGUUGGAAGUGGAAAGUUUAAAUUCUGGACGAGUAAAGUUUGGGUUUGCAGUGACUGAAGAUGAUGUCAGAUGCCAGUGACAUGUUGGCAGCUGCCCUUGAGCAGAUGGAUGGUAUUAUAGCAGGCUCCAAGGCUCUGGAUUACUCCAAUGGGUUGUUUGACUGCCAGUCGCCCACCUCUCCCUUCAUGGGCAGCCUGCGGGCACUGCACCUCCUGGAAGACCUGAGAAGUGUCCUGGAGCUGAUGGACACAGAGGAAAGGGAGGGUCUACGCUGCCAGAUCCCAGACUCCACCGCUGAUAGCCUGGUCGAGUGGCUCCAGGGACAUUUGUCCAACGGACACAUCUCUCUGGGCGGGGGUGACCACUACCAGGAAAGGCUUUCCCGACUAGAGAGUGACAAGGAGUCUCUGGUGCUUCAGGUGAGUGUCUUGACAGACCAGGUGGAGGCUCAGGGAGAGAAGAUCAGGGACCUGGACAUGUGCUUGGACGAGCACAGGGAGAAACUCAAUGCCACUGAAGAGAUGCUGCAGCAGGAGCUUCUGUGCAGAACGGCCCUGGAGACCCAGAAGCUUGAGCUGAUGUCUGAGGUAUCCAACCUAAAGCUGAAGCUCAAUGCCAUGGAGAAGGACAGACUGGACUUUGAUGACAGGUUCAGGGACAGUGAGGACUUGAUUCUUGAAAUCAAUGAACUGCGGUACAGACUGACAGAGAUGGAGAGUGAAAGACUACAGUAUGAAAAGAAACUGAAGUCCACAAAGGAGGAGCUAGCCACACUGAGGAGGCAGCUGGAGGGCAGAGAUGGAGAGAUGAGGAGACUACAGGAUGAGAUGGGCUUCAAAGCCAUCGCCUCUAGCAGUCUUGAUCCCGCAGAGAGAGUCUCUCACCCAGACGAAACUCUUAGAAAGAGGCUGAAAGAGAAACAUGUGGAAGUGCAGAGGAUGAAGAAGGCAGUUGAAUCAUUGAUGGCAGCCAAUGAAGAGAAGGAUCGUAAGAUUGAAGAACUGAAGCAGUCGUUGCUGCGGUACAAGAAGGUUCAGGAUAUGGUGAUGUCAGUGCAAGGGAAGAAAGAGAAACCCAAAGAUACUGAGACCGACGAGAGUCAGAGUGACUGUUCCAUCUCCAUUUUGUCAAAAGUCCCUGUUGCUGUGGACUGUGAAAGGCAAGAAGCUCCAGGUCUUGAACAAGCGAAAGGGAAGAGCCCAGAUGAGCUGGAGAGCCUCAAUGGAGUGAAAGAUGUGCCUUUAUCCACGCCCAGCCCUUCUCAGUCAUCUUCUGAUCCUGAAAGAGUUUCAGAGUUUGCGACAGCAGACAUAGACAGUCAUACAGAGAGUGAGGAAGUGACCCACGAGCUCCCUUUAACCUGCACACAAGAUAGCUGUGAUACCACCAAGUCUGGCAGCCAGGAUCACCUGGAUGGCAGCAGUAGUGAAAAGAGUAAGACAAGUGAGGAGAUUAAGAUCAGCGAAAAGCCACCCAUGGGUCCCUCUGCCACCUUGCCUGCCACCACAGAAGAUGACAGCUUUGGCUCAAGAAAGGCCCGUUCGUCUUUCGGAAAGGGCUUCUUUAAGAUCCGUGGGGGCAAGAGGACAGCCAGCACCCCUAACCUCGACCGCAACCGGAGUGCGAGUGCGCCUAUGCUAGCUGAAACAGAGCGACAGGGCACGGACCAUCUGGAUCUGGCCGGGCUGCCUCAGAGGUCAUCAAACAGCGACAGUACCCACACACUCCCCACUACUCCAGAGAACAAGAAAAAAUCCAAAGGAAUCAAGAAACUCUUUGGGAAGCUAAGAAGAAGUCAGUCUACCACCUUUAACCUGGACGACAACCUAUCAGAGAGUGAGUUCAAGAGGGGAGGAGUGCGAGCCACAGCCGGCCCCAGGCUGGGCUGGUCUCGUGACCUCCAGCGAGCAAACAAUGACCUGGAUGCUCCCUUUGCACGUUGGUCAAAGGAUCAGGUGUGUGACUGGCUGCAGGAGCAGGGUCUUGGUUUGUAUCUGAACAUGGCUCGGGUGUGGAUUUCCUCUGGACAGACACUGCUACAGGCAUCACAACAGGACCUGGAGAGGGAGCUGGGCAUCAAGCACCCGCUGCACAGAAAGAAGCUGCAGCUGGCCCUGCAGGCUCUGGGCUCAGAGGAGGACGACAAUAAGGGCAAGCUGGAUUACAACUGGGUGACUAGAUGGCUAGAUGACAUCGGUCUGCCUCAGUAUAAGACCCAGUUUGAUGAGGGGAGGGUGGAUGGUCGUAUGCUGCACUACAUGACAGUGGAUGACCUGCUUUCCCUGAAGGUGGGGAGUGUCCUGCAUCAUCUCAGCAUCAAGAGAGCUAUUCAGGUGCUUCGACUCAACAACUACGAGCCCAACUGUUUGCGCCGCAGACCAUCUGACGAGAACAACAUAUCACCAGCAGAGAUCUCUCAGUGGACCAACCACAGGGUGAUGGAAUGGUUGCGAUCUGUCGACCUGGCAGAGUACGCCCCCAACCUGAGAGGCAGCGGCGUUCACGGAGGCCUGAUGGUUCUGGAGCCACGGUUCAAUGUGGAGACCAUGGCCUUGCUGCUGAACAUACCUCCCAACAAGACUCUGCUGCGCCGCCACCUGGCCACCCACUUCAACCUGCUGAUUGGUCCAGAAGCCCAGCAGCUCAAACAGGAGUGUCUCGAAAACCCAGACUACACCCUGCUUACUGCCACUGCCAAAAUCAAGCCAAGGAAGCUGACAUUUGGCAGCUUUGGCAGUCUAAGGAAGAAGAGGCAGGAUGAGAAUGAGGAGUAUGUGUGUCCCAUGGAUGUGGAGAUGCCAAAGGGAAGGGGCUUCCAAAAGGGCUUUGGAGUGGAGCUCCAAAUCUACGAGGAUGACCUCGACAGGCUAGAACAGAUGGAGGACUCUGAGGGAACCGUAAGACAAAUUGGAGCUUUCUCAGAGGGCAUCCAAAACCUGACGAGCAUGCUGAAAGACGAUGAAUUCUUCAAAGAGAUUUCAAAUUCUCCAAAUCUCAGCGUAACAGAUGAGGAUUCCAACGCAUGAGGCUGUCAGUGCAGCGUCGUGUGACCCAGUCCUGCUGUGAAUUAAACUGUGCCAACCUCCACUAGCACACAGACUUGUCUCGCCAAUCCCCACGAGUGCUCUCCGAUAUCUUUUAGUGUUACAUUUGAAGAUGAGCCAAAAGUAUUACCAAGUUUCUUGUUUUUCUUUUUUUAAAGAUCGGUGUUGUGAAAACCAGCAGUCCAGUAGCCACUAUCACUCCUGAAAUGUCGCUCUAUUUCAGCUGUCCUCUGACGAUGGAGGGAAAAUGUAGGGCAACACCACUGUUUGCCUGCCAGCUGGUUACUGGAGAUAUUUUGUACUUGUCAUUUAUAUCCUGGGCAUCUUCCUGUUUAUGUUUUAGCCAACAUUCAGCAAAUAAAUUACACCUAAAAAAUGACAAAGAGUUAAUAUAUAUCUUUUAGAAUUGCCUUUUGAUUGCAGAAAUAUUGGGGAAGAAAAUGGACUUUAUUCAGAAGUAAUGUGCUGUGCGGAUUUUCCCUCUUGUAGAACUUAGUGUAGAGUAACAACUCCAAAACAGCUGCUACGUUUUCUACAAACCUUGUAAACCUUUCUGAUUAAAAGGAAGAUUACUUAUAUUUUACUUUUUCCUCAACAUUUUACAAUUCUUCACACCCCAGUAAUAUUUUGCAUGCAUUUGCACCAAUACAUAUCACACAGUACAAUGGCUAAUGAAUAUAUCAUUGCAUGGUAUUGAAAUCCAAAAUAUUAAAAGAUCAGCUUGUCAUUUAUUGUAUUUUUACUACAAAUGGAUUUUCAAUAGAAUCCCGUCGACUGAUACAUGAUUAUUUUUGGAAAUGUGUCAUGGUGUGUUCAGAUUUGUGAGAUAAAAUAAUGAAAAGGUUGUCUCAGAGAAAUAUUGUUAUGCAGCCCUUGACCACACCUGAGAAGAUAGUUUGUUCUGUGUUUUCUACGUUAAUGCAUUUUUAAGGUCAAUAAAGUAAUUUAAACCAUUG